AUAGUGAUGAUUACGCCUGACAUUUCCUUAAAAUUCAAAAACUUGGGAGCGGAACAGUGCAAUUAUUGAUUUUUGGCGUGAUUUGGUGGUUGCAUCUUGUGAAUCUGAUCUCCAUAAUAUGAUGAUGAGAUGAGGCACGCAGAUACUAAAAUGUAGGAAAGUAAAUGGGUUCCUUAAUUGGUUCUAAGUACCCAAUUCCAACACCAAAACUGAUCUUGCUGCUGCAGUUUCAAAGUUUCACAAUUGCACCAGGAACAGCAAAAUACACACUCAGAGCCCUUCCUCACAGCUUCUCAGUCUGGAUGUAGCAAGUUUGGUUCCGUGUAUAUUGCUAUUUCUGCUGAACUGAAACUCCUCUAUAUAGUUUUAUUUUCUGACCUUUUCACUGUGUCUCUCCUGGUGGUGAGAGGCAGACAUGCACAUUGGAGUGAUGGUGAUGAUGACUCAAACAUUGAAAACGAUUAUGUCAUCCUACCAUGACUAUGACAAGAAUUCCUGUGUCUGUCCUUUGCCUAUUGGUCGACCUCGAAGCCGUCAAGGGCGCCAAAGCCGCCUAGGUACUUUGGCUGUUGCCAUAGCAGCACUUCUCAUAUCUACCACUGCUUGGCUUUCCCUUGUCUUCUCUGAUGCAACGACCUGUUGCUUUCAUCACUUAAAAGAUUGGGAAGGUGGUCCCUACUUUUUUGAUUGGAAGAAGUGCAUUCCUCACCACCUUGCGAAAGUAACACCCCCAUCGGCUCUUCAAUUAAGGACUGUGGAAGAUCAUCUUCAUAAUGGUAGCAGUAAUAUUGAACAGGAAGGCUUGUCUGUUAAACAUAUUGUUUUUGGCAUAGCAGGAUCAUCUCAGCUUUGGAAACGGAGGAAGGAAUAUGUCAGACUAUGGUGGCGUCCCAAUGACAUGCGUGGCCAUGUGUGGUUAGAGGAGCAAGUGCUUGAAGAAAGUGGAGAUGAUUUAUUGCCCCCUAUCAUGAUUUCUGAAGACAUCUCAUAUUUUCGCUACACUAAUCCCAUUGGUCACCCUUCUGGCCUCCGGAUAUCUCGCAUUGUCAGAGAGAGCUUUCGCCUUGGCCUUUCUGAUGUUCGCUGGUUUGUCCUCUGUGAUGAUGAUACCAUCUUCAAUGUGAAUAACCUAGUUGAUGUCCUCAGCAAGUAUAAUUCUUCUGAAAUGAUUUACAUAGGUAGCCCCUCAGAGAGUCAUUCAGCUAAUACCUAUUUUAGUCACUCAAUGGCCUUCGGUGGUGGUGGGAUUGCAGUAAGUCAUCCACUUGCAAAGGCUCUCUCUGAGACUCUUGACGAAUGCAUUGAGAGGUAUCCCAAGCUUUAUGGUAGUGAUGAUCGACUGCAUGCCUGCAUCACUGAACUUGGGAUUCCACUGACCUGGGAGCAUGGUUUUCACCAGUGGGACAUAAGAGGUGAUGCUCAUGGUCUUCUAUCCUCUCACCCAAUAGCACCAUUUGUGUCAAUUCACCAUAUUGAAGCUGUUAAUCCCUUUUAUCCUGGCUUGAGCUCUUUGGAAAGCCUGAAACUUUUUACAAAGGCCAUGAGAGCUGAUCCCAAAAGCUUUUUGCAGCGUUCAAUAUGUUAUGACCGUGCACGGCAUCUAACAUUUUCAGUUUCACUUGGCUACGUUGUUCAAGUCCUGCCUAACAUUGUUUUUCCCCGUGAACUGGAGCGCUCUGAAAGAACCUACUCUGCUUGGAAUGGUAUUAAUCAAAGGAAUGAAUUUGAUUUUGAUGCUCGGGACCCAUACAAAUCUGUUUGUAAAAGGCCCAUUCUAUUCUUCUUGAAAGAUACUAGAAGAGAGGGUAAUGCUUCUUGGGGUUCAUAUGUUCGAAGUAGAGAUAAAGAUGAUCUCAAAAAGAGAAUUUUCUGCUUUCCUCACUUCCCCCCCCUGCGCAAUGUACAAGAGAUCCAGGUAGCAGUGCAACCUUUGAGCAAGAAUUGGCAUCUGGUUCCACGUCGUCUCUGUUGCAGGCAAAACCAAUCUGGCAAAGAAAUCCUACAAAUCUCAGUUGGAGAGUGUGGGAAGGGAGCUUUUAGCUCUGUUUACUGAUAUGUUGGUAGGUUUGCAUGUUAGGAUUACCCUGUUAUGGUCUGUACAUGAUUUGGCCUUUGAGUGAAGAGCUAGUUCCAUGCGGCAUUUUUUUACCUUGACUUUAGCUUUCUUGAACUUCUAUUUCUAUGUUGUAUACACGUAGACACUUGAACUUGCAGAUGGUAGCGAAAAGGUUCCCAACACCAAAAGCAACUGCAUGCAAUUUUUUUCCCUAUGUGAUAUCUCCCUAUUUCCCCCUUCAUAACAUAGAAGUUUCUUU